AGACAGCCGAGGAGACGAAUUUAGCUUAUGGCCUCCAAUUGUUGAUAUACUGAAGGCUGCAAAUUCUAUUGUCCAAAUUAUUUUUUCAAAACUGAGCUUAUUGUAGUAACUCAACAAGCACUCAGAAGAAAAUGGAAAUUUGAACACUUACAAUUCCAUGACAACUGGACAAACUAUCUGCUGAUGAUGCUCCAGAACAGCCAGUGAAUGGACCUUUAGGAUCUCCCUUUCUGCAGACCAGGUUAAGGGAGUUUACAGUCAACACUGUAUCUAAAACUGUGUUUCAUAAUGCAGUCAGCCAGCAGCCAGUAUUAGGUAGGCUACUACAUUUCCACAUAGCUGAAGAAAACUAUUUAAUCUCCAAGGAUACUGACAACACCAGCAAGUUGAAGCCUUGACAAAUAUUUGACUGGCACUGAGGAGAGAAGCUUUGCACAAGAUGUGAAUGCUGUUAUUCUGUCCUGGGAGACAACUUCACACCUGCAGUCGGCAGGACAUAGAAAAAGAUGAGCUUUCCUUGUGCCCCUGCUGCUUCAUUAGAUGUCAGUGAGUCACUCUGCGUCUUGGAUGACCAUACUGGUAAGAGGAUACAUGAAGGAUGUCCACAGUCUGUCAGUGACCCACCCACCCAUUGUAUCGGAGCAGCAGGAGUCCUGAGGUACAAUCGGGAGUCUGACAACCACAGGCUAAACUUAACAACCAUUCCUCCAGCGUCCCAGCCUUCAUCAAAGUGCUCGGUAAAAUGUGAGUACUGCGGGGAAAAGGCCAGACCUUCACUGGAUCUAACAUGGGUAGAGGAGUUUCAGGCAGCUGCACUCUUCUGCUGUGCCCAGCGACAGCAGCUGUGUAAAAUGCUGGUGAAGCAGAGAUUUUUGAUUGAGGGGAGAUGUGACCUGGGGACCAGCAAUCUGACAUCAGAGGAAGAAAAGCCAACCACAGAGAUGGAGGAGCUGCUCCUCCAAGGCAAGGAGAUGGAGGAUCACAACAAGUUUAUCGUGGACUUAGCAAAUGCACUGGGAGAACAAUCAGAGCUGAGAAUCGAGGAGGAGUACUUAAUCCAACUUCCUCUAGCACAAACCUUUGCCCCGACAUCAAAGGUCCUCAGUUUUCGGCUCUCUUGUGCUCCAGGAAACGGAUGCUGGACAAACAGUUUGAAGAUAAAAGAGAAAGACCUUGUGGUCCCUUUUUGUGACCACAAUGCACUUCAGUUUGGCUUAUGUCAUCAUCAGGAUGUAGGAGGAUUUCUACAGAAACAUUAUUCCAAUGGCAUGAAAUUUCUUACCAUGUUCCCUGAUGGCUCUGCUCAGGUUUUUUAUCCCUCAGGCCUCUUGGCUCUUGUUAUCGUGGUCACGAAAGAGAAUGGAAGGGUCUGCAUCGUGUAUGAUGACAGCCAAGACCCUGACCAACCAAUCAGAGCCGUGUUCCAGUCUGAUGGCAGGGCGACAUGUUACUACAGCAAUGGAAACAUAUGGCUGACCUUAGACAGAUUAGGUGGUCAGUGUUUGGAUGAGACGGGUGCCAGAGUUCGACGGUGGAGCUGGAGCAGUCUGAGCCUUUCUCCCACUCCUCUGCAUCCUGUCUUCCUGUCCCUCAACAAAACUGUUGGGGUCCGAGUCCUGGGAAAGGAACAAGUAUUUGUCUCGUUCCUAGCAAGUGGUCAACAGGCAAAGUUCAGUGUGGGUACCUGCUGUGCUCAGUGUAAAUGCACUAGUGACGGGCCUGUUUCGGGACCAUCAGUAUUGAAGGAGGAGCUAUUAGUGCUGGCAGCCAGGAUUAAACUCCACCUGGUCAUUCGGCAUCUUCACCAGAACCUGAUGGCACCCUCCAAUCCACGGCUGCCAAAGACCACACUAGCACCCAGCGUCCAUGUUUUUGCCCGAAGACUUCUGGAAGUCAGCACUAACGUGAUGAUGAGUGAGAGCGAAAAGGCUUUUAUCUGUAGGUGCCUUCAGGAUUGUGUCUGAUUGUGUCUGAUGUAUCUGUAAUAAAAGAACGCUCUGACACAUUGACAGCAGCUCUGCUGUCAUAAUGAGGUCACAAGAGGAAUAAAGUUAUGCCAUACUCUAGUCCAAAAACCCCUCAAUUUUCAAUUUUUUGACUUUGAUUUAGCUCAGAUUAUUCUCUACAUUAACUAAAGGAAUCUGUAGGAGACAAUGAUAUCAGUAUACUUGUGUGUUAACUCUGUUAUCUCAUAGCACCAAAAAAACAAAGACCCUUCUAAGCACCAUAAAGACUCUUAAUGGGAUUUCAGGAGUUACAAUGGACUUAACAUUACAAGACUCAUGCUGUUUAUCACCCACAGAUGGGGUUGUAUUUAAGACCUCAUCCUGGGGGUUCAAUGAAAAUAUAAAACCUCUCCAUUAUUACAUGUAAAGACGCAAAAUUCGCAGAGUAUAUACCCAUCGUUUGUCUCCAUAGUGAAUCUGGCUGUUUGCACUGUCCGUAUGUACACUAAUAAUAGAAAAGAGAUUUACAUUUCCUUUGAACUCUACGUCUGGUUUCAAACAGCUUUUUGCCUUGCAAGCAAAUAAAAACUGUAUCAAAUAGA